AUGUUGCAUUCUUAUCAAGAAGCUGGCCAUAGGCGCCAAAUCGAUUCUAUGUUGCAUUCUUAUCAAGAAGCUGGCCAUAGGCGCCAAAUCGAUUCUAUGUUGCAUUCUUAUCAAGAAGCUGGCCAUAGGCGCCAAAUCGAUUCUAUGUUGCAUUCUUAUCAAGAAGCUGGCCCAGGCGCCAAAUCGAUUCUAUGUUGCAUUCUUAUCAAGCUGGCCAAAGGCGCCAAAUCGAUUCUAUGUUGCAUUCUUAUCAAGAAGCUGGCCAUAGGCGCCAAAUCGAUUCUAUGUUGCAUUCUUAUCAAGAAGCUGCAUUCUUAUCAUAGGCGCCAAAUCGAUUCUAUGUUGCAUUCUUAUCAAGAAGCUGGCCAUAGGCGCCAAAUCGAUUCUAUGUUGCAUUCUUAUCAAGAAGCUGGCCAUAGGCGCCAAAUCGAUUCUAUGUUGCAUUCUUAUCAAGAAGCUGGCCAUAGGCGCCAAAUCGAUUCUAUGUUGCAUUCUUAUAAGAAGCUGGCCAUAGGCGCCAAAUCGAUUCUAUGUUGCAAUCGAUUUCUUAUCAAAUCGAUUCUAUGUUGCAUUCUUAUCAAGAAGCUGGCCAUAGGCCAAAUCGAUUCUAUGUUGCAUUCUUAUCAAGAAGCUGGCCAUAGGCGCCAAAUCGAUUCUAUGUUGCAUUCUUAUCAAGAAGCUGGCCAUAGGCGCCAAAUCGAUUCUAUGUUGCAUUCUUAUCAAGAGUUGGCCAUAGGCGCCAAAUCGAUUCUAUGUUGCAUUCUUAUCAAGAAGCUGGCCAUAGGCACCAAAUCGAUUCUAUAUUUGCAUUCUUAUCAAGAAGCUGGCCAUAGGCACCAAAUCGAUUCUAUGUUGCAUUCUUAUCAAGAAGCUGGCCAUAGGCGCCAAAUCGAUUCUAUGUUGCAUUCUUAUCAAGAAGCUGGCCAUAGGCGCCAAAUCGAUUCUAUGUUGCAUUCUUAUCUUAUGGCCAUAGGCGCCAAAUCGAUUCUAUGUUGCAUUCUUAUCAAGAAGCUGGCCAUAGGCGCCAAAUCGAUUCUAUGUUGCAUUCUUAUCAAGAAGCUGGCCAUAGGCGCCAAAUCGAUUCUAUGCGCCAAAUCGAUUCUAUGUUGCAUUCUUAUCAAGAAGCUGGCCAUAGGCGCCAAAUCGAUUCUAUGUUGCAUUCUUAUCAAGAAAAUAGGCGCCAAAUCGAUUCUAUGUUGCAUUCUUAUCAAGAAGCUGGCCAUAGGCGCCAAAUCGAUUCUAUGUUGCAUUCUUAUCAAGAAGCUGGCCAUAGGCGCCAAAUCGAUUCUAUGUUGCAUUCUUAUCAAGAAGCUGGCCAUAGGCGCCAAAUCGAUUCUAUGUUGCAUUCUUAUCAAGAAGCUGGCCAUAGGCGCCAAAUCGAUUCUAUGUUGCAUUCUUAUCAAGAAGCUGGCCAUAGGCGCCAAAUCGAUUCUAUGUUGCAUUCUUAUCAAGAAGCUGGCCAUUGGCCCCAAAUCGAUUCUAUGUUGCAUUCUUAUCAAGAAGCCAAAUAGGCGCCAAAUCGAUUCUAUGUUGCAUUCUUAUCAAGAAGCUGGGCCAUGGGCGCCAAAUCGAUUCUAUGUUGCAUUCUUAUCAAGAAGCUGCCAAAUCGAUUCUAGGCAUUCCAAAUCGAUUCUAUGUUGCAUUCUUAUCAAGAAGCUGGCCAUAGGCGCCAAAUCGAUUCUAUGUUGCAUUCUUAUCAAGAAGCUGGCCAAAAUCGAUUCUAUGUUGCAUUCUUAUCAAGAAGCUGGCCAUUGGCGCCAAAUCGAUUCUAUGUUGCAUUCUUAUCAAGAAGCUGGCCAUAGGCGCCAAAUGAUUCUAAAUCGAUUUCUAUGCAUUCUUAUUGGCCAUAGGCGCCAAAUCGAUUCUUGCAUUCUUAUCAAGAAGCUGGCCAUAGGCGCCAAAUCGAUUCUAUGUUGCAUUCUUAUCAAAGAAGCUGGCCAUUGGCGCCAAAUCGAUUCUAUGUUGCAUUCUUAUCAAGAAGCUGGCCAUAGGCGCCAAAUCGAUUCUAUGUUGCAUUCUUAUCAAGAAGCUGGCCAUAGGCGCCAAAUCGAUUCUAUGUUGCAUUCUUAUCGAAGCUGGCCAUAG